UGCACUGUGAUGGAAACUACCUUUUAGGAACAGAAGUGAACUGCAGUCUCUUCCCAGCACUGGAACUGGAGGGAAGAAACUAUUCCAGCAGUGGCCUCUGGGAUUGAAAAGAGGGGAAAGAAUUUGCGGUAAACAGCAUUCUCUUCACCCAAAGUGUGUGUCGGCAGAAGGGACAAGGAUUCUUUGCAACAUGGCCCAAAGUCUCCAGCUACACUUUGGACCUUCUGUCUGGGCAGUUCUGCUUCUCCUUCUGAUUGCUGGAUCCCAUAGCCAGACAGACGAGCAAUUUCAUCACAAUAACCUUACAGAUAAAGAUAUAGAAGAGAACCUCGAGAUCGCAUUAGAGUUACUUUGGGGAGGGAUUGAAAUUACGGCAAAUGAGACCUUCAAGAUAGAAGAUGAAGAAUUGGCCACCUUGCGUCCUGCAAAGCGCUUACUCUGGUUAUUUCAGCAUAAAGUUCCCAAAAAUCCAGCAGGAAUUGAAGAAUACCUGGAUCACUUCUCUCAGUCUGGCACCCCGAUCACUCCGGAGGAAUUUGAGCAGCUUGUUUUCACUACCGUCUUUACUGCUUACCAGAUUCGGAUCAUCCAAGGCCUGGAUAAAAACCUGUGGAUCAACCUUUUCUCUCAGCUGGUUACUGAAAUAAUCCGUGAGCUCUGCAAACAAUUCUGUCCUCAGGAACUGAUGGAUUCCAUUCAACACUUAGCCUCCAGACCUUGGCAGGAAAUUCCUGUCUAUGUUAGUACACUGAAGAAAUUCUAUCAGCCCAGCUUAGUUAUGACUCAGGGAAACUGAUUUUCAUGCAUAAAAGGCAAAACUUGAGUCUUUCACCCCGUGAUAUGCAAAUUAAAACGCAGAAAUACAUUUGAGGUUCUUUGACCUCUGUAACAUUAUCUGAGACUCUGCAUGGUCCAAAGUAGCAACCUUCCUGCUUUCUUUUCUCUAGUUCUGUAGACAGUUCUUUGUUCUUUUAUGUAUCUGACUUCACUACAUUUAGAAGAGCCUUUCCUGAUGACCUUGAGAUGUACUAGGACUUACAACUCCCAGCCAUGACUAUCCUGACAAAGAAUUCUGGGACUUUUAGUCCUGACAUAUAUGGAGAACACCAAAUUACAGAAAGCUGAUCUAGGAGCUCUGACACUGCUCUCCCUCUGUCUCUGGGGUGUCCCAUUCAGAGAUUACUUUUCUCACCAGAGUGGCCUUUGCUCCUGGCUGGGAUUAGGUUUCAGGUGAAAAUAGGACUAUAUGCCCCUCCUCAUUAACAACUGUCAAAAAACACAGAUUGUCUUGUCUAAAUGACAAGAAAGUAGAUGUAUGUUAAAAGGAAGAUCUUGUCAGUGUAGAAAGCAGUGCUCAAGCAAUGACAUUUCUUCAUUUUCUUUCUGUUCUGUUGUUGCACUGGUGGAAAACCUUACAAUUAUACACACAGGACCUGCAAAAAAAAAGGGGGGGGGGACAGAGAGCAUCUAGGACAUUUGAAGGGUUAGGGUUGGGGGGUUCAUCAGACAAUUUAAAAUGCUGAAUAUCCUGUUUGUUUAUGAUAAAUACUUUUUAUGACAAAAAGAGAGUGAUGAGUAUUAUAACUAAAUGUGGCAUCAAACCAUUUGGGGAGCAAACCUUUGUAUUGGUUGUUAAGAAUGUAGCUUUAAGUCAGUAACAUGGGAUUAUAAUAAAGUAUGUAAACAUAUAAAUGAGGUGAGGAUAUUACAUAUGUUUGCUCUGGAAACUGUAAACUCUAAAGGCUAUGUGAUAUUUUAAAAUACAAAUUUACAAGCUCAUGACUGUAUGAUCAUAACUAAGAAGUAUUUUUAUCUUGCAGCCUUAACUUGAUUGCUCAUUAUUGCAUGUACACAAAACUGGUUGGAACAGAUGCUUAUGUCUGGAGUCUCCAGUUCUACCCUUUCCCCCAAAAUAGUUUCUUUAUGGGCAGAAUAAAAUAUGCA